CCAAACGCCUGUCUAGGAGGAGAAAUAGAAAGGGGGAAGAGAGAGAGAGAGAGAGAGAGAGAGAGAGGAGAGAGGAGAGGAGAGAAAAAAUGGGUGAGGUAGCAGAUACAAUGACGAAGAAGAAGAAGAAAGGGAGGCCAUCUCUAUUAGACCUUCAAAAGCGAGCUAUCAAACAGCAACAAUUACAACAGCAUCGCAAUCAAGAUGACCACCACCAGCACCAUAGAUCCGGUUCGAAAAACCCUAAUUCUCUCAAUCACGCUCCCAACUCCGCCUCCCGAUCCAAACGGCGGAACCCUAAUUCAAACGGCGAUUCGCCCUGGAUCAAAGACGAAGACGACAACAACAACAUAGAAGACAACGACGACGACGAGCGGCGUGAGAAGAAACACAAGCUUUUACAUGGAUUGAACUCUCAUCAUCAGUCUCAUCGACAUUCUCCUAAUUCCCAAUCGGAUCUGAAUCUCGACGAGACUCCCGAGGCUUCCGUUAAAUUCAGCGGCGGAUCUAAUCACACGGGAGAAAAGGCUUCGAAAGCGACAGACAUUCUUCAAGGGUCUCCCGUGGAGUCAGGUCCCACUACACCUUUGCCAGACAAAAAGUUGUUGGUGUUCAUCCUCGAUAGACUUCAAAAGAAGGAUACUUAUGGCGUUUACUCUGACCCUGUUGAUCCUGAGGAGCUUCCUGAUUAUCACGAGAUUAUCACGAAUCCCAUGGAUUUUAGCACUGUGCGGAAGAAACUAGACUCUGCAGCAUAUGCCAGUUUAGAACAAUUUGAGAGAGAUGUGUUUUUAAUAUGUACAAAUGCAAUGGAAUAUAAUUCAUCAGACACUGUAUAUUAUCGACAGGCACGAGCUAUACAAGAAUUGGCGAAAAAGGACUUUGAGAAUUUAAGGCAAGACAGUGAUGAUGAAGAACCACAAAGCUCACAACAGCAGCAGCAACAGCCAAAAGUUGCCAGAAGAGGACGUCCGCCAAAGAAACAGCCUGAACCAUCUUCCAUUGACCGUACUGCUUCUGAAAUAUCAGCUGAUACGCUUGGAGGAGGAGAUAGCUCUAAUAAAUUUUCUGGUGCUUACAAUCUAAGAAAGGCGCCUCCAUAUAAGUUCCGUCAAGCAGAAUCAUCAGUUAGAAUUAAUAAUAACAGCGAGACUCAAAGUGGUUGGUCCAUAGAUUGGGAGAACGAGUUUCCAUCUUCGGUUGUGAAGGCGGUUAACAAGUACGGAAUGAAACAUUUCAAUGUUGAUGAUAACAGACGUGAUACCUACAACCACCUCUCGACUUCUUCCCAAGAACCAUCGGUCUUGACAACGCUUGAAGACGAGUUGAAACAGUUGAUUCCAGUUGGCUUAAACACUGAGUACGGUUACGCGAGGAGUCUAGCAAGAUACGCUGCAAAUCUUGGUCCUGUUGCCUGGAAAGUUGCAUCGAGGAGAAUCGAGACAGUAUUACCACCUGGAAUCAAAUUUGGUCUAGGUUGGGUUGGAGAGAACCCAGCAGGACCUGAAGAGGAUGAUAAUUCUCAAAAACAAAACUUAGUAAUGUCGUCGGGAAAACAAAAGUGUUCUAAUGACUUAGCGUCUGAUGAUCAUUCCAACAGAAUCCUGUCUCCAACCGCUUCAGUCUCGAGCGCUUUCAUAGGAAACAGACAUUCUUCUUCUCAAACCAUAGAAGAGACUGCACCACCACCCGCUCGUGUCUUGAAUCCAGAAACCGAUCACCCAUCAUCCUCCUCCUCUCGCCAGGCUGGACCGCUGAUCAAACUCGAGAACAGUAACGGCCUCAUCCGCGGAUUCGGUGGAUUCAGCCAUAAUGCAAAUCAGAUGCUAGGAACUGCGAGACAACAACAACAACAAGAAGAAGCAAACGUAAGCAACGAGGCCACACCGAGCUCGCAGCAACAACAAGGGUUGAUGUUUCCUUACACUAAACAGGAAUUUCACCGGUUUCCGCCGGACCUUAACGCUAGGCUAGUAUCACCAAACUCGCCGGGCUCUAAUCAGCAGACAGGUUCGUCCUCAUCGCAGCAUCCGGAUCUGGCAUUACAGCUCUGAAGGUGAAUAUGGGAUAUUUGAAAGAAGAAGAAGAAGAAGAAGAAGAGGCAUUUUUCCAUUUGGCUAUCUCAGCCAUAUAUUUUCUGGUAUGAAAAUCUUGUGGAGAGUCAUGGCUUCAUUAUUUGUUGUGACUUGUGACAUGAAAAUAUAUAUGGGACAGUCUCUCCUAUUGUACAGAUUGUUGCAACUUCCAUAUAAUUUUUUUAGGGGUAAAAAGAGAAAAAACAAAAACAAAAGAAAAACCACAGGAGUCACUGCAGGCUGUAGAAUAUAUAUGAUUUAUAGUUUUAAUUUUUUUCCUGAAUUUUUCAGAUAUAUAUCUUCCUUAUGUUUUUUAACCUUGGCGAUAAAGAGAAGAUGAAACAACAGUAUUGUUAGAUUUGUCAUGUGUACUUUAGCAUUUGACCUUUUGUAAGAGUUGUCAGUUUUUUUUU